AUGCUGCCAUAUCUCCUCGAGCCUCAAGCCCUGCUCGACCGGCUCCUUCGGGAGGACGAAUUCCCGAAAGACGGUACUGUUGAGCCGCAGCCAGGCGGCGGGGUGGUCGUCAUCGAACUCAAAGGGAUCCUGUUUAGCGCUAUACCGCAGCUCGGGGCUGCGGCGACUGCCACGGCGGACCAGGUCGCCGUCGCCGUCGCCAAUGGGCUUAAUAAUGCGCAGGAAUUUAGGAAACCGAUGAAGUCGAAGAGAACAGCCCUAUCUUUCAAAGAUUCUCGUCUCCAAGAGCUCCACUGUAGGUAUGAACGGCAAUCAUAUCGGGAAUUUUAA